CCGUUGCGUGCUCUCUUCACCUCAGGUCGCAGCCGCCGAGCCACUAGUGAAGGGCAAUUGCGUCUCGUUUGCACCACAACUCCUUAGUGCGAUGCAACACCGAGACUACGAACCGCAUGAUCAGCGGCGCAAAAUAGAGUCAACGGCUGGCACACAGUUGACCUACCACGAAUCAUGGUCGAGCGACAGAUCCCCCCAACGAAGACGACGCAACUGGUCACGCCUCAGCAACCCGUCCAAACGCAGCUGGUGUGCAAGAACGAGAUCACCGAUUGUGACGUUAACACCAAAGCUGAAUUGCCAGGCACUGUCGAGGUCCCCGUGAAGCCCUUGUGUGCCGCCGGUACGCCUGUGGUCCAUUCGAAACCACCCGUCACCGAGACCGAGAGAGCUGCUGCCGACUCCGCCAGCCCGCGUCCUGGUCUUCUUGCGUUGGUCAAGACCUUCUUUUGGAAGAUCAAAGACAGCCUGGCUGACAUUCAUCAUGGCUCUGCCGCCAUGACGCUAUCCGCCCAGCCCAACGUGACCAGUCCUAGCCAGGGUCCGCAGUCCAAGCACGACAACGCGAUUCUUGGCAUGGCAAAAACGGCAGUCGACUCCUCAUGCGUUGCUACACGCGCUCAUGUUGACGCAACGACUUUCGCUGAUCAGCCGCAGGAGCGUCGUGUUCUUGAUCAAGCAAGCGUGCCUGUCAAGCUUAUCAAAGAAGAUACGCCAGCGACUGCUCGAGAGCCGCAUCUGCGUUUGGCGGUCACCACAAGCCUCGAAUAUCACGAACAGAAGCUCAGGUGGCAGUCUGUCCAGCAUGACUGUUUUGCAAUGAUGGAAGGUAUGGUGUGAAAAGAAGAAGAGGUAUGAUGACGAGGUGUCGAGGGACUGCUGGUCGUUGUCGACCACGUCCUGCUUAUAUAUAUGUAUACUGUCUUUGGGAGCACGUGGGGACAUGUGGUGCAUCAGGUUUCGUGGGCCCAUGUCGAGCAAUACAGGCAUAUCAAUUCAAUCUAUCACUUUGCUACCAUGUCAAUGCUGCGAAAUCCUUGCUACUUGGUCACCGAGAAUCAGCACCCCAUUGAGUGUCUGCGGUUACAUGGAGGCCUCAUCGCCAGUAGGCUCGGCGUCCAAAAUGCCCUGUCUUUGCAUACGGAGGGGCAUGUGCACAUGAUAGGUCGAUCCUCGUCUCCAUUUCUAGUAAUCUACAUGGACAGGUGCCUGGAGCCGGUCGUAUGGCAGAUGUCCCCAUCCUCCCGAGCUCGGCUCGAUUGUGUCUUGGUUAAUAGUUGACGAGAUUGGCCAUGUCUCCCAGUUCCAGGUCAUCCGUCUCCAAGCCCUCCGGCACAACUGAUGCUCCAGCUGACUCGAGUAUCUUGAGGUAAUCUUCCAUCCUAGCAGACAAAUGGCCGAUU